AUGGACCCUGGCUUCACCGGCCCCGCGCAGCAGCUGGUCGAAGGACCGGAAACAGCGACAGCCAGCUAUGGCACCAUGGAUGGUGAUGCAAGCGACUCAAAAGAUAGAUCUGAAUAUUCAUUUGCUCCCUACAUGGCCGAGUUUGUGGGCACAUGCAUUUUAGUAUUCACAUUCGGAUGCGUUGCGGUGUCCCCGGCCCCAUCCGUGUACAAGCCAACUGCCGCUGCAUGUAUUGUCACCGUCAUGGUCUACUCCACGGCCACUGUAUCUGGAGGUCACCUGAACCCUGCAGUAUCUCUGACGCUGAGCGUUUUGGGCCUGAUCCCCUGGCAAAGAAUGCUUGGAUUCUGGCUAGUGCAGGUGGCGGCGGGUAUGGCAGGAGCCAUAGCCCUGCGAGCCCUCCUUGGCCUGGACAUGGCACAUGUGAAAUUGCCCCAAGCGCCCCUUCCCCCAAGCUUGGGUGCAGCUGUUUUGGCAGAGUUGGUCUAUACCGCCCUACUCUGCUUUUUGGUUAGCUGCUGCCUCGUCUCGAAGCGGAACAACCCGAAGCGUGACCAGAGCCAGUCCUUUGGACUUGCCAUUGGCCUCCUCUACGUUGCAGGAGGCUAUGCUCUCCGGCCACUAGCAGGUGGCGCGAUAUUGAAUCCAGCCAUCGCGCUGGGCCUUCCAUUCAUCAGCCACGAUGCAUACCUGCUGUAUGGCAUCGCCUACGUGCUGGCCGAGCUCCUCGGGGCCUUUGUGGGCUUGCGCCUCUUUGCCAUUCUCAGAGCGGGCUCAGAGGACUGCUGCUGCAAUGAUGAGGAGCACUUGGAGAUUUGCAUGCCACAGAUGUCAGCGCGACUGCUUGGCGAAUCGUUGGGGACGUUUGCCGUCGUCCUGACUUUUGGGCUCAAUGUGAUCGGCGAGUCUGAGGCAACAGCCUGGUCAUCAGCAGCUGCUUUGAUUAGCAUGAUUUACGCUCUUGGAAAGAUUUCCGGUGGUUAUUUCAAUCCCGCGGUAACCCUGGCCGUGGUCUUGAGUGGCCGAAGGAAAUGCUCUAUGGCCGAUGGCUUGGCCUACUGCGGAGUUCAGGCUGUGGGUGCCAUAGCAGCCGGGAUCGUAGUUGCAGCGCCCUGGCUCAUAUUGGGGUAG